AUGGAUCAACAAGCCUCACGCGGUCGCUCACCGUCUGCGGGGCAUCAACAGCCUCAUAUAAGACAACCUUCUCAUUCCCCGUCGCCGAAUCCCUUCCAGACCUCCGACCCAGCAAACAUUGGCCUCGGUCUCGCCUUGGAUCAAUCAUCUACUCAACCCUUCUCCGGACCCUCCUCCGCCGACUUCAACACCUUUAACAACAGCCCCAACUACUUGAACGGUCAGCAGAACGGCCAGUCCUUCAACCAGCCCGCCGCUGCCUUCCCGAACCAAGGAGCCCAGCCCGGCUAUCUCGACCCCAACUUUCCCUCCGGCGACUUCGCACUCUUUCCCUCCACCCAGGGCGAGCAGCAGUACAACGCAGGAGUCUUCGAUCAGAACAGCCUCAACCCGGACAUGAUGGCCAUGCCGCAGAGUCAUCACUCGCCGACCCCUCCCCACCUCCUCAACCCCGACCCCCACCAGACACCGUCCGGGCAUCAGUCGCCCGCUUUCAACCAGCACCAGUUCUCGUCGCCGCCUUCCGGACACUCUAGAAAUGCGUCUCUCGGCCCCGAAGCUGCUCUCAUGCCAAACCAGCUGAACGAAUGGAGUCAACCCCAGUUUCAGGGUCACCGGAGAUCCCCAUCCGAGUACUCGGACGUCUCCUCCGCCGCCCCCUCGCCGAACCUCGUGAGCGCCGACAGCUUCGAGCCUAUUGACCAGCGUCAUUCGCCGAUGCAGCGCCCCGCUGAUGCCGGCCUGUACCAGCAAAUUCAGGGCUUCGAUAGCUUCACCAUUUCGGACCCCGCGCUCAACAGCCCCAACCUUCAUGGCCGGAGCCCCUCUCACAGCCCUGCCAUCUCCCCGCGCAUUCUUCCUCAGUCGAUGCCCGAGCUGAACCAGCCACCAAACUUCGGCCUCGGUGCCCAGAAUCCUGCGUACGCUGGCGGCGCUGGCUACACCGGUCAGGAGGCGUUCCCGACGUUGCAGCAACCACCCGAGAUGCCCCAGGUGGCCCCGGCGAUUAACAUCGAGUUUGCGCCCGUGGCGAGAUCAAACAACUUUGAUCCUCCGAAGGCGCCCAUGGAUCAAGAUUCUUUGACCCCUCCCGAUCGAGGACGACCCCGAUCCCGCCCGCGCGCGGUUACGGACCCAUUCAACAGCGGUGGCCAGGGUAUGGUCCGCCAGACCUCUGUUGGCAGCUUGUCGCCUCACCUAGGUUCCGAUCUGUCUGGACGAGACUCAUCACGAUCCCUCUCUCCGCUCGACCGACAGGCCACAAGCCCCAGCCGCAGAAGACAGUCAACAUCCGCUGUGCCCAACAACGUCAUCGCUCUGAGGUUGGCGGAUCCUGAGUACCAAAACUCUCAAGACAAUGGCAACGCGAAACGUGUACAAAAGCACCCGGCAACCUUCCAGUGUACUCUGUGCCCGAAGCGCUUCACCAGAGCGUACAACCUGCGAUCCCAUCUGCGCACACAUACCGACGAACGACCCUUCGUUUGUACAGUCUGCGGGAAGGCGUUUGCUCGGCAACACGACCGGAAGAGGCACGAAGGUCUGCACUCUGGCGAGAAGAAAUUUGUGUGUAAGGGAGACCUGAAAGCCGGCGGUCAGUGGGGAUGCGGUCGCAGAUUCGCUCGUGCCGAUGCGCUUGGUCGACACUUCCGGUCAGAGGCGGGGCGGAUCUGCAUCAAACCCUUGUUGGACGAAGAAAUGCUCGACAGGCAACGCGCCUGGCAAGAACAACGGAUGCAACAGCAGAAUAUGCAAAACAUGGCCGCUCAAGGUGCCAUGGGAAUGGAGCCGGGCUAUCCCAUGGAUGCCAGCGGCCAGUACAUGCUGCCUGCCGCCCUCCUUGCCCAAUACCCCGCGCUUGCACAGAUGAACUGGUCUGCGCAAGACGCGAGCAGCGGCCUGGAAGACGACAUAUCCGGCCGCUCAUCGUUUGACGCCAGCGACUACGAAGGCGACGAUGGCGGUUAUGUUAGCGGGCCCGGUACCGGGUUUGGCGAGGGAGGCAUGAGCCAAGGCUUCGGAGAGGUUGGUUACGCCAGCGACUACGGUGGCAGGUAG